UCUCUUACAAACCAGCUUGACUGUGGGGAAGAUGAAUUUAAUAGUAAAGAAGCUGUGCUGUUGGUCAGCAUCCUAUCUAUACUGUAUCGGUUUCUGGAUCCUUCUUCUCAGCAGUAUGUGCAGAUGCUCUCAUGGAUUGUCAAAGUUUGUAAAGAAACCAGUUAUGAGGAUGUCCAGUUCUGUAAAAGUGCAAUGACUCUUCUGUUCAGCAUGCAUUCUCUGUUCAAGAGUCCAGUGAGCAUACUCCGGGAGCUCUGUCAGGACAUUCACGGACACCUCGGUGAUAUUGAUCAGGACAUCGAAGUAGAGAAACCAUCGCACUUCCACACUGUUAAUGUAAAGACUGCAGCUCCUACUGUCACUGUUUUGGUUCUAGGACAAGCUGCAAAGGUGUUGGAUGAAGUGGAAUGGUUAAUUGCAAAACUGAAAACACAGACUGGUUCAGAGAAGAAAAAUGAUGGCAAUGACACUCAAGCUACAAAUUCUAGGGAACCUAUAGAAAAGGCUGUUAUUCUGCAGCUGGGUACAUUACUGACUGCCUGCCAUGAACUCAUCCAGACUGCCUUACCAACUGGAAGCUGUAUAGACACUUUAUUGAAGGAACUCACUAAGAUGUACACAACUCUGACUACUCUUCUCAAAUAUUACUUGCAGGUUUGUACUAAUCACAUGGGGGCUGUUCCUACACGUUUGGAAAAGUUGGUUAAACUCUCAGGCUCACAUUUAACACCUCAAUGCUAUGCCUUCAUUACAUAUACA